GUUUGCAUGGGGCAGGAUGCUUUCAUGGAGCUCCACAGCAGCACUGCUGGGAUCUUCCAGUGCAAAAUAUACCUCCUCCUCUUAGGUACAGUUUAAAAGCUAUUGUUGUAAACUGUUGAUUCUGCUUUAUUUGAAAUUACCUACUACACUGUAAACUAUGGAAAACGGUAGUCUUAAGCUGACAAAAGAGCAGGUUCUUGUUCUGGACUGAAGGUGACAGUGCCAUCACACACUGUCCACGGCAUCAGAGGUCAGGCCCUCUACCUCCCUGUGCACUAUGGCUUCCAUACUUUGGCGUCAGACAUCCAGAUCAUAUGGCUGUUUGAGAGACCCCACACGAUGCCCAAAUACUUAUUGGGCUCUGUGAAUAAGUCUGUAGUUCCGGACUUGGAAUACCAGCAUAAGUUCACCAUGAGGCCGCCCAAUGCAUCUUUGCUCAUUAAUCCACUGCAGUUUGAUGAUGAAGGUAAUUACAUUGUGAAGGUCAACAUUCAAGGAAAUGGAACCCUAUCCUCAAGUCAGAAGAUACAAGUCACUGUCGAUGACCCUGUCACAAAGCCAGUGGUGCAGCAUCAUCCUUCCUCUGGGGCUGUGGAGUAUGUGGGAAACAUGACCCUCACAUGCCGUGUUGAAGGGGGCACCAGGCUAGUUUACCAGUGGCUAAAGAAUGGGAAGCCGGUUCGAACCAGUUCCACCUAUUCCUUUUCACCCCAAAACAACACCCUUCGUAUUGCUCCAGUGACCAAGGAAGACAUCGGGAAUUACAGUUGCCUCGUGAAGAACCCUGUCAGCGAAAUGGAAAGUGGCAUCAUUACACCGACCAUAUAUUAUGGACCUUAUGGACUUCGAGUUAAUUCUGAUAAAGGGCUCAAAGUAGGGGAAGUGUUUACUGUUGACCUUGGAGAAGCCAUUCUAUUUGAUUGUUCAGCUGAUUCUUAUCCCCCUAACACCUACUCCUGGAUCCAGAAUACUGAAAAUGCAACAUAUGUCAUUAAGUACGGGCCUGUCUUGGAAGUGGCGUCUGACAAGGUAGCCCAGAAAACAACUGACUUUGUGUGCUGUGCUUAUAACAACGUAACUGGGAAGCAGGAUGAAACUCAUUUCACUGUCAUCAUCACUUCUGUAGGACUGGAGAAGUUUGCACAAAAAGCAAAAUCACUGUCCCCUUUAGCAACUAUAACUGGAAUAUCACUGUUUUUGAUUAUAUCUAUGUGUCUUCUCUUCAUAUGGAAAAAAUAUCAACCCUAUAGAGUCAUAAAACAGAAGCUAGAAGGCAGGCCAGACACGGAAUACAGGAAGGCUCAAACAUUUUCAGGCCAUGAAGAUGCUCUGGAUGACUUUGGAAUAUAUGAAUUUGUUGCUUUUCCAGACGCUCCUGGUGUUUCCAGGAUGCCAAGCAGGUCAGCUCCCACCUCUGAUGGUGUAUCAGGGCAAGACUUGCACAGCACAAUUUAUGAAGUUAUUCAGCACAUCCCUGCCCAAGAGGAAGACCAUCCAGAACCUGGAAAUCCAUAGAAGUGUUCACAGAGGAGAACAUUGGAGUGAAAUAAUGAAGGAAUAUCCAAGGAAAGAUAGUGGAAAUGUAUAUCCAUCCGGGAACAGCAUAGAAAUCGGCCUCUUACUCUUACUCCAGUAUCUUUUAAUACUUCUUUUACAUGCAGAAUAGCGACAUCUAUAUAAAGUGGACUGCAGGAUUCCAGUCUAUGCAGCCAAUGUGUUGUGCAAGCAGGAAACAUCGCAGACAUUCUUUAUCGUGCUGACUGAGAGAAAGAAAAGAAUGAAGUUUUCCAAUCAGUCUUUUUGUAUCAAAUUUUUCUAAAAAGCACCAAUUCAUUCUCACCUCUACGUUUACUUUGACCAACUAUCUUAUUAUACCUACAAAUAUAGAAACUUUACAUUUGUGAAUUUCUCAGCAGGUUCUAUUGCAUUGCAUUCUCAUGGCUAAAUUUUUAUUCCCAAAUUUAUUUCUUAUUAUUUGCAUCACACAAGUAAGACUGCCUUCUUCCUGGUUGUGAGUGGACUUGUUUGUCAAGCGUGUUUUGAAAAAGACUUGGAAACUGUUAAAGGAAAGAAUUUAUUAAAGUCUUACUUAGUUUUUGUUCAGAGAAAAA